AUGGCGGCAGCAGAUGUUGAGUUCCGUUGCUUCGUCGGCGGCCUUGCUUGGGCCACUACAGACCAGUCCCUUGAAGAAGUCUUUAGUUCCUUCGGUGAAGUCGUCGAAUCGAAGAUUAUCAAUGAUCGCGAGACGGGGAGAUCACGGGGCUUUGGAUUCGUGACAUUUAGUAACGAGAGCUCAAUGAGAGAGGCAAUUGAGGGAAUGAACGGCCAGACUCUCGAUGGCCGUAGCAUCACCGUAAAUGAAGCUCAGUCUCGCGGUGGAGGUGGUGGUGGUGGUUAUGGCGGAGGUGGACGCCGUGAAGGCGGAGGUGGUUACAGCCGUGGUGGCGGCGGAUAUGGAGGAGGUGGUUACAGUGGUGGGGGACGUGACCGUGGGUAUGGUGAUGGUGGAUCUAGGUAUUCCAGAGGUGGAUCUGAUGGUGGUAACUGGAGGAAUUAG